UUUAGACCGCAGUUUUCAAACUUUUUGGCAGUCAGGUUGUCUCAUGUAUGAAUCAUAUAACAAUUAUAGAUGACACAUAUUUUGUGAAUCCCACAGCCUUGAUUGACUUGUCCUGCUUAUGAAGACCCCAAACUCUUAAGCUCCAUUCUCAAAUCCGCCUCCAAUAACCUCCUACUCUUUUAAAUCCUCCAUUAGCUACCAACACAAACUGUUGCAUCAAAGCAAAACAGGGCAUACAAGUUAGCUAAGACCCAAAAGUUGAAGAAACACCAAUUUUUUUUAGCAGCCACUGUGAAUCAACUCAGGAUUCAUCAACUUUGUUCAUCCGAUUCUCCAUCAUCCCGGAAUACUUUCUCCGGUCACCUCCGAUCCUUAAUUUUAUUGAAGUGCUUAAAUGACAAUGAGUUUUCUGGAACCUACCCAUCAACUGGCCAAUGGAGAGUCAUUAUUUUUCUUGAAAACUCUCCAUGAGGGGUGCCUGAGGGAAACGCGGACACAGGUGGCGGAUGGCUGUCGUCAGCUCGUGCCAUAAGGUGCUGCGUUAAGUCCCACAACGAGUCAACCCUUAGUGUUUCUCUUUUAUCAAAGCAAAUGGAGAGUUUUCAUGACUAUCCAUUGGCCAGGGGUGCCACGUAUAAGUAAUAAGUACCCCGAGCACAAGGUCAGGGUUCAAUCUUUGUCUGAUUAAAUGGGAUGCAUAUCUUCGAAAGUUUUGACUAGAUCACUAAGCAUUCAAGAAGAGCUGAACCACAGCUUGCAGAGGAGAACCAAUGGAGUCCCUGUGCUGGAAGAAUUAUUUACCUCCACUAAUGGCAAUGAUCACCAUCAGUUCCUUACCCUUGUUUGCACUGCCGACAAAGCAGCCAACGAACUCCGAACUGGGAGUUUCACUUUGCUGUCAAAAACCGGUCCCAAACCACCUCCUGAGCCUACAAAUACCGAGGCUGCUGCUGCCACCAAUUGGGAGUUGAUGGCAGGCCUCAAAGAACAAGGAGAGGAGAAACAAGCGGUGCAGCCUGCAGAGUCACUGCUGCUAUCACCCCCGAAAGAAGUAGAAACAAGUGAUAUCAAGACAUCUAAACGAUCUAAAAGCUUUCACCGGAUUGAUGGGCUUAAAGAAGGUGAGUAUGAUUGGGAGAACAAGGGCAUGCCACGCUCGAGAAGCUUUCACACAAUAGAGGAAUUUGAUGCAAUGCUAGAAAAAAUUCAAAAAGGUUUGUCGUCCAGGGCACACGAAUUAGGGUUGGAGGAUUACUGUGAGUCAGUAACCAAAUUGCAAUUUCAAGAUGCUAAUGCUUCAUUUGAAAACUCUCGUCAAACUGAUCAAUCAGUUUUAAGGGAUGAAGAUUCAACCAGACAGAGGACAGUGACUGAAGUGUAUCGCGUUUCCUUUACUUCGGAACCUGAGAGUAAAGAAUCGCAUCCAAGUCUUAAUAGCGGCAGCUUAGCUGAGGAAAUGGAUAGUGUUGAAGAUGCUGCUGAAGAAGGAAACGUAUCCGAGAAAGGCAUAAAAAGAAAGAGUGUCGCCAAGGGGCUAAGAUCACUCGAAAUCCCAUCCACCAUUGAGCUCCCCACCAUUGGAAGCCUUAGGGAAUGGCUUCAUGAUGGGGGCCAAGCUUUCACUCCUAAAUUUGGGAGCUACAAUUUAGAAACUUGUGUGUCAGAAAAGGAUGGUGACGACGUGGACAGCAUUUUCAGUCCAGAGAUGGUGGCAGCUUUUGAAGAGUGUAUGCAACAACUGGAAGUAGAAGAAGAAAGCAUUAUCAAACAAAUUGAAGGGAGUCUGAAGGUAGAUGACUCCAAAAGAGAGGGAAGCUGAAGAGGGAAUUCCUUCCUGACAUUUACAAUCCAAAAAUGUGGAAGAACUUAGCCCUCAAUUCAAAUUCCCAAUGUGGAGAGAGAGAGAGAGAGAGGAAUCUGCAUUCUGUAACAUAUUGCAAGAAUUCCUGUACAAUGUGACUUGCAAGAAAAUUAAAGCACUAGGCUUGUAUCAGCAUGUUCUUCUAGAUUAAGCCAAGGAUACAGAUA